AUGUGGAGCUACAUGUUUGGCGGGAAUACCCAGAAGAAGAAGGAGGCCCCUAAGAAGGCGAUCAUCCAGCUCAGAGAGCAUAUCACCAUGCUCAACAAGAAGCAGGCACAUCUCGAGUCACAGAUCGAGGCACAAGACCAAGUGGCACGCAAGAACGUUGCCACCAACAAAGCCGCGGCCAAGAAUGCUUUGAAGAAGAAGAAGAACUACCAGACCCAACUUGACAAGAUAUAUUCCCAGAUUGAGUCGCUCGAGACUCAGCUCGAUGCCAUCGAGUCGGCCAACUUGAAUUUGGCCACCAUGAACGCCAUGAAGGAUGGGGCUAAGGCAAUGAAGCAAAUCCAUGGCGAUUUCAACAUCGAUAAAGUUGAUGAGACCAUGGAUGAUAUCAAGGACCAACUCGAUGUUGCUGCCGAAAUCUCCGAUGCCAUUUCCAGGCCUUUGGGUAACGAAAUUGACGAGGAUGAAUUGGAGGAUGAAUUGAAGGAAUUGGAAGACGCCCAAUUGAAUGAAGAGCUCAAUAAAGUUGCUGCCGCCUCGAAAAAGAAUACCGAAUCGGAAGUCAAAUUGCCAGACGUUUCGAAGUUGCCUAUUUUGAACCAAAAGGCCCCAGUAGCCGAAGAAGAAGAGGAUGAAGAUGAGCGUGCCCUUAGGGAACUCCAAGCACAAAUGCAAAUAUGA